GCCUUUAGUGCUUUUUCUUCUCACCGUCGUGUGCAGCAGCUUGUAGGUAAGCUGAGCUGACGUGGGAUGGAUGGGUGGGCAGUGAGGUGUUGAGAACUGCUGGCUGUUUGAGCUCACAGCACCGUAUUGCUUACUCUUGACCAUCAGACGUAAUUUUCCCCGGUACACACGUUCCAAAGGGGGUAUCAGUAAAGUUGGCACCUGUCCCGUGCUUCUUCCAUUGUCUUUGCUCAGUAGUGGAAGCAUUGUAAAGUUGCUGGGCGGACAGGCAUCACGUAGCCUGAGACUCAGCAUGUCUUGCAGCAAGUGGGUGGGACAGUUGUGCUGUGUGUGUUAUUCCAUGACUGUCUUAGCCCUGCUCACUGACCUGCUCUUUCUCUCUCCUCUCCUCACCCUCCGCCCACUGCCUCGGUGCAGCUUUUGCUCUCAUUUCAUCCGAGCAAAGCGACAACUGCUGCAGAUAGCUUGAGGUGAUCUCACUGCCAGCUGUUCACACUUGCUGUGAUGGGUGCUGCGUGCAGUGGGAUCAGCCGUGAGCCUGAGUUGGCGGCGACGGAGGCUGAUAACAUGCGGGAGCCGCAGCUGGUGCGUGCUAUGUCAUCUUUAAACGUACCAGCGAUUGCGGCAGCCCAUGUUAUUAGGAGCCACGUCGCCCAGGGGCCGGAUGAGCUCUCUCUGGAGGUUGGAGACAUCGUGUGCAUUGUUGAUAUGCCACCAAAGGAGAUGAGCCCCUUUUGGAGAGGCAAGCGUGGCUUUGAGGUUGGUUUUUUCCCUGGUGAGUGCGUGGAACUCAUCAGGGGAAAACUGCCCGAGUCCAUCCUACAUUCAUUGCCAAAGCCAGAGCCAAAGAAACGGGGCAAGUUCAUCUCCUGCCUUCGUUCCCUGUUGAAGGCCUGCCCCAGGAGAGCGAAGCAGCCUGAGCCUCCAACAUUCUCGGGAUCCAUGUCCCUGCUUGACAUCGUUGAGAGAAUGAGUUCUCCCAGUAAGAGGGCAGAGUCAGCAGCUUGCAGUUGGCGUUCCUGCUUCUGCCUGGGCAAACCAUCCCCUGUGGCCAAACGCCAACUGCAGAGCAGUGCCAGGGAGCCCUCUGAAGCUGAAGUCUUGGUCCUGGCAGGUGACCCGAGCCCUUGUAUAUCUCCAAGACGCCAGGCAUGUUACGAUGCAGCAUCCUGUGAUUCCAUCAAUGAAAGAACUGUUACUAAGCACAGGAUGCUGCAGUUCAGAUGAAAGCCUUCCGUAUAACAUCAGUUAUAAAGAGAAGAAUGCCAUCAUCGUUGAAGCUCUCGUUCAUCCCAUACCUGUUUGAAGCUGCUGACCUGAGCCUGCCAGACUCCUCAGGCACCAGCCUGAACCGAGUGCCUUUCGAGGACAGCCAGCCCAAGCACAGCACGAGUGCCCCGACAGCAGCACAACCAUGCAGGCUCAGGUCAGCAUUACAGAGGAGAAGCCAAACAUCUUGGAGGGGGAGG